AUGAUGUUGCAGAUGUACGAUAUCAUGACGAAUGCUUACGCCAAAUAUGGCGCCCAUAUCAGCAAGGAAGAGUCGCUGGUGUUCAACCACAUGAUAGAGUCGAUGCGCCACCAGGGCGUAGGACUUCAGUCGUCUGCAAAGACCGAGUAUUUAGAGCUUCAGAGCGCCGAGUCGGCACUUUCCUACGAGCUGUCUGACAGCAGCACCUUGAAGCAUGCAGCGAUUCCGUCCAUACACGGUCGCCCACUUCCACGAAAUCCAGCUAUAUACUCGUACAUCCUUCGACACUCACCUGAGGAACAGGUGCGGCGCAUGAUUUGGGAGGCCCAGACUAAGUGCGACCCCGGCACGUUGAGCAAGCUGCUACGUCUGCACUCAAUUCGUAGCAGGAUAUCGCAAAUCCGAGGCUUCCGAAACUUCGCCCAGUGUGCGCAGAGGGAAUGCAUCCUCAAUGAACCCGAGGCUGUGGAAACAUUCUUACGCAAAUCUGCUUCGUCACUGAGGCAAAGGUUGUGCUCGGAACUGCAAGAGCUCUUAGAUCUUAAGAGGUCGCAAGGUUCGGCAGACGCGUCGUUGCAACCGUGGGAUUUGGAUUACCUCAUAGGGGCUGAACGGGAUAAACUUGGCAUACAGUUGAGAGUUAGCUCCGUGAUCACCUACUUCGAGCGACUACUCCAUGACCUCUUCGGCAUUUCAUUGGUGCGGGACACUUCGGAACCGCUGUGGCAUCCGCUGGUUGCAAAGUUCCUCUUGGUGAAAUAUGCGGGUGUCGGCACAGAUACUGCGUUUGAAGGAUCGGGUAGAAGUGAUACAAACGAGAACAUUGCGGCGAAGAACAACCAUUUCGGUGGGAAACAGGUGGAGGUGGCACAUCUCUACUUGGACCUAUUUGCCCGUGAUGGAAAGGCCAGCGUUUGCGCCCAGUUCACAGUUAGGUGCUCAAAACUGCUGGGCCACCGGAACGGCGAAAAAAAAGGUACAAGCCACUUUCCAAGUGCGGUUUCUGGCCUACGGAUGACUCAUGGUUAUCAAUAUGUGACUAAGGAAUGCACUGACGGAUCGAUUCGUCAGCUUCCUGCAACUGCCGUUGUUUGCAGUUUCCCUACCGAUCCUCAGCACGCCGAUAUAUCGAGCGCUCUAAAUGGCACGUAUAUCGACGCACACUCCGCACAAACUCUUUUCCACGAGUUGGGCCACACGGUGCAUGCACUGUGCAGCCGUACCGGCCUGCAGCACCUGUCAGGGAACAGGGGUGGCGUCGACUUCGCGGAAUUUUCAUCGCACCUAUUUGAGUUAUACUUUCUGGAUGGGAUACGCGACAUUUGCAAGAUUGAAGGCCUGGAUUCGGAGUCCGCGAAAAAGGCAGAGCUUUCAUUCAGCAAGUACAGUGCUAUAGAGACCGGUCGCAUGACGCUAUUGGCACUUCUCGACCUCAAGUUCUACACGUUUAAAGGUGAACUCACCGUCGCGGGAAUAGAUGACCUGUACAAGUCAGUCGAUAUAUUCGACGAGGAGUUCGGGUCUAGUAAGGUCUCACGGCUGCUGGGUCUGCCCGCCCUGAGCAACUUCGACCACCUGAUUCCUUACGGUGGCACGUACUUCUGUUAUUUGUAUUCGAGGGUGCUGGCUAUAAAGGUUUGGCGUUCGUUUGAGGGCUUCAGCCGAAGCCGAGCAACUGGAGACCGUCUCUACGCAUUCUUCGAGAAGGGAUCUACGGAUGCUUCCAUAGCUCCCUUGAACGAGUUGGCUGGUAGAGAUCUGGCAGCCAUGGAAGACGAGCUGUUCCUAGACUGA